GCUGUUAGCAUCUCCAGAGAGCAGACAGCAGAAUGGAUCAGUCUAAACAAGAGGAGGAAUAUGGAUACGACUUAUUCCCGGAGAGGAACACGAGGAACUACAAGGGAGGAUCCAUCGCAGAGAGUCUGUUCACUUUCAACCACAAGUGUCAGGUCAUGCUGCAGCUGGCCAUGGAGACCAGUCCUUAUGCCAAACUCCUCCUCAGUGCCAUGAAGAGUUCAGGAUGCAAAGUGUUUAAAGACAGACACUUCUCCUGUGAGGAUUGUGACGGGACGGUCAGCGGUGGCUUUGACGCAGCUUCUUCUCAAAUCGUCUUGUGUCAGAACAACAUCCACCAGCAGUCCCACAUGAACCGAGUGGUCACACACGAGCUCAUCCAUGCCUUUGACCACUGUCGGGCCCACGUGGACUGGUUCAACAACUUCAGACAUCUGGCCUGUUCUGAGAUUCGGGCCGCUAACCUCAGUGAAGACUGCUCCUUUAGCAAUGAAGUCUCCAGAUUCAACUUCGGCUUGAAGCAGCACCAUCAGGAGUGCGUCAGAGGCCGCGCCCUUCGCUCCAUCCUGGCUGUGAGGAAAAUAAGCCGAGAGGAGGCGGUGAAAAUAGUGGACGAGGUCUUCAACACGUGCUUCAACGACCACGCGCCGUUCGGACGAAUCCCGCACGACAAGAAGGACGCUAAAUUUGCCAACAGAGAUUAUGAGAACAGAGAUCGAUAUUACGCUAACCUUUAACGUCGUCACAUUCUCAUUUAACUCGCUAAGGGUGCUGUGACUGGCGGUGGUGCUGACGAGAGCUCUGCAGCGUCAAGGCACCCGGUCAGCAGAAAAGCCUCAACGGAAUGACAAGUGUGUCGAAAACGAUCAAAUCCCUUCAGAGGGGAUUUUCAGAGAGUGAUUUGUCCUUGGAACAGGAAAGCAAAGGAAGGAGCGACAGUACAUUUCAUGUUCUACCUUCAUUUUUUUAUACUAAUUCUGUAUAAAGGGAUCGUGAGGAGUGAUUUUUGCCGUGGAAGUAAAUUAUUAGACGAGGCCCAGGUGAUUUAUUUCUUUGUUUUUAUUCAAUCAAUCGGUGCUUUUAAGGAAAUGCAGGAUUUAAUUUUUUGUCCAUCGAUGUUUGCCGUUGAAAGUUUGAAGACAAAUAAUGUAUUUCUGUUUGCUUUUCAUCUUGUUGCCACAUUGACCUCCACUCAUUUCUUGUAAAUAGAGCUGAUUGUGCUUAAAUUAAACCGGAUUGUGUUUGAAUUAAAGUUCGAUUCGUCUGAGAAA